AUGUCUAAAGAAAUUGAAGAAUACUUUAUUAAAAGAUUGUCUUCUUAUCUUUUAGAAUAUUUAUAAGAUUUCUCUCAAAAUAAUAUGGCUAAAGUAAUAAUAUAUCUAUAUUAUUAUUUAAGUUUUCCUUAGGAAUUUCUUCUAAUAUUGUAUUAAAGAAUUUGUCAAUUAAAAAAUAAGCAUUACUUAAUUUCAAAUUUCCGCUCUAUAUUAUUGAUGGCAAAAUCAAUUCCAUUACUUUAAAUGUAAGUUUAUGAAGUUUUAAUCUUUAAAGAUGCCUCUUAAUUAUAAAAAACAUUAACCAGAGAUAAUCAUUGAAGGAGUAGAAUUACUGGUUUGUACCAUCUAAGAGAUUAACUAAUUUACUCAAAGCAAGGAUUAUCAAUAAUAAGGAGUUGAAAAUUUAAAGAAACAUAAAUUAAAAUUAUGGGAAGAAUAAAUGGCUAAAUAUUUUGAAAAAUUAUCUCCGCCUAAUUGGAUUCAAAAAAUUGUUGAUGGCAUUUUCAAUAAUAUGUCUAUAACUAUAAAGUAAUUUAAUUUGAGAUUUUACAAUUCUUCAAUACUUGAAUAUAAAACUGUUUUGAGAAUUAAAUUUGAUGCAUUUAUUAAAGCUACUGAUAGUGAAUUUAAAUAGAAUUUCAAUAGUGAUCUAAACAGUACAUAUAGAUUAAUAUAAAUAAAUAAUUUGAGUGUAUCAUUGAAAAAAGAUUCAUUCAAAGACCUUACUAAAAAAGAUGCAUAAAUGAUUCUAAUGCCAAUCGAUAUUGAAAUAAUGUAUACUGUUAAUAAAAAUUAUGAAUUACUGAACUAACCAAUUAUGAUUCUUGAGGUUUUAAUAAAAUCUCCUAUUAUUUUUUAAUUAAAUAAGGAAUAAAAAAAUUAUUUAAUAAAAUUGAAUGAGGUACUAUCAUGUUAGGAAAUAAUUUAAGAUAACUUUCAUCUUAGGCCUAAAGAAAUAAAAAAUAAUUAUUCAGAAUGGUGGAAAUAUUUUAUUAAUUCUGUCAUUCUAAAAUAAAAGAGUUAGAAACUUGAUUUAAGUUUUUCAUAUAAAAAAUUAGUCUCAAUGAAAAGAUACAUAUAAUUAUACAAAAGGAAAUAAAAUAUAGUAUUGGUACCUUGGCUUUCUUAAUGGACAGCAAAGGAUGAAAUUAAAUUUAAAAAUUGUGAAGAUAAUUUAUCUCUUAAAGAUUUAUUGAAAUAUAGAGAAUGGGCAUUUUAAGAAAUAAGAAUGGAAGCAAAAAGAUAUUAUAAUUCUGCAAAAGAUGGUUAAAAUGAUUAAAGUGUAAAACCUUUAUUAGAAAUAUGGACAAACACUAUAAAUAAUUAAAAUUCAUUUAAGGAUCAUACAAAAAGAACUGAUGAUAUUCCAAUAGAACUUGAAGAUGAUGAAAAAAUAAAUUUGUAUGAAAUAUUAGAAAGAGAUAAAACUAAUGUUUUAGCUAGUUAUUUAAAGGGGGAAAAUAAUCAUCCAAAUUAAUUAAAGAUUGAUUUUAAACUUAAAAUUCAUUCAAUAUUUAUUUUAAUUUUUGAGAAUCGAGAAUUUAAUUUUGUUAAAUAUACACCUGAUAAUACAAAGAUUUUUAAAUUUUGUUAAUGUAGAUAUCAUCUUAAAUUAUUAAAAAAAUAAACAUCUACAAGAAAGAAAACAAGAUAAUCAUCAUAGGUAAAUGCAUUAACAUAAGUAUAUAAUGAAGCAAUAAAAUAAAAUGAAGAUUAAUAAUUUCAUUAAGCUAAUUAUAUAGAUAGUUUUUAUGAAGAUAUGGAAGAUUUAAAUGGAGUUGGUUCAGAGAUUUCCUAAUCAUCUAAAAGUUGUGAAAAAGAUUAAAAUUUUGAAUAAAAUUCAAAUGCUGAUAAACCUUUACAUUCAAAAUUUGUUAUUAUGGUUAGUUUUAUAGGAAUUAGAGUUCCAUUAAAUAUUUAUUAAAAUGGUGCUAUAUAAACUCCAUAACAUAAAGGAUAAAAAGAAUUAGAAGAAAAGAUUUAUAUAGGUGAUAUCAAAGUAAUUGCUCCAGGUAUUUUAUUAAAAAUUAUGGAUGAAAAAGAACCGAAGAAUUUUAUAUAAUCUCCAUUAUUCAAAAAGUCUUCUGAAGAAUUUUAAACAAAAGUAAAACUAUAAAACAAAUAAAAUUAAAUUAAAUAUUGUGAAUUUUUUAAUGAAAUCUUUGAACUAUCUGUUACUAGAGAUUCAUAAUAAUUUCUUAAUAGUGAAAUAUGUUAUUAAAUGUUAGGAGAAUUUUUGAAAUAUAAUAAAAUGUAAAAUAUUAAAAGCUUUUUAGAUGAUUAUGAAAAAGAUAAAAAUGGAUUUUAAGAUUUUACAACUGAAUAAUUUAAGGCUUAUGAUAAAUAUUUUGAUGAUUUAUAGGAACCAGAAGAUCCAUUUUUUAUACAUAUAUCAAAAUAAUAAUUCCCAAAUGAGAAAAGUGAUAAAAAUGAAAAGAAUUUUUGGGAUAUUCUUAGAAAUGUUACAAUAAAUAUAAAUGAAAAAGAAAAACAAAAUUAAUGGAUAAUUUGUGAUAAUAAUAAUAAGCAUAUCUUUCUUUAAGAAGCACAUAAUAGAAUUGUUGAUGUUAUUAGAAGAGUUUUAUUUAUUCCUUUUAUAGAAUAAUUUGGAGUGUUAAUACUACCAACAUGUAUUAGUAAUUUAAAAGAUAAAUUGACAUUCACAUAAAUUUAAACAAAAAAAGAUUAGUCUUAAGAAAAAUAUGCAUUAUAAAUAUCUUUAUAUUUAAGAGGAAAAGAACCUGAAUAUAAAAUUGUUAGAAAUAAUUAAUUAAAUAAAGUUAAUUCAAAAGAAACUAUUUAUUAGAAUUUUAAAAAAUCAAAAAGUAAAAUUAAGGUUAAAUUAACUGCAAUUACUUUUUUAUUGUCUACAAAAGCAGUAACAUCAUUACUUUAUUUUUUAGAAAAUCAGAAAUAGUAAAUUUUUGAAUCACAAGCUUAUUAAUAAUGCAAAGAAGAUCAUAAUUUAUUAUAAUGUAUUGUAAAAAGUAAACCUUUAGCAAAUGAAACUAUUAAUUAACUCAAAUUAAAGUUCUCACUUAAAAUGAUUGACAAAUUUAAAAUUAGAAUAAUUACUGAUUCUAUUUCAUCUAAAAUUAAAACAGAAUUAAAACUAUAAUUAAAGAAUCUAUUCAUUAAUACUAUAAAUUUGUAGAAGAUGCGUUAGAAUAAAGAUUUUAUAGAAUUUUUUACUUUUGUUGAUACGAAUAAAUUAGAUUAAUUUUUCUAAGAGUAAAAAUUGUAUUGUAUUAAAAAAAUUGUAUUGGAAUAGUUUUAAAUUGCUCAUAAAUAUUUUUCAAUAGAUUAUAGAUAUUAUAAUGAGGAAAUGAAAAAUUAUGAAAAAUAAAUGUAAAAUUAAAAAAGCGGAAAAGAAUAAUAAAAUUCUCCUUUAUUAAAUUUUCAAAGAAACUAUAGUUAAUAGCUCUAAAAGCCAAUUUAAUUUCCAAUAAAACAUACUAUAACCAUUAAGAGUUAAUAGGAAGAUAAAUUAUCAAAUUAAUAAAAUUAGUUUUAAAGUAAACCUUAAAAUAAAAUAAGUGGAAUAAAAUCUAUAAUAUUGGAAUCAAGAUUAUUACUUUUUUAAUUUGAUUCUUUAGUAGAGAAUCAUCCUUUAAUUACAGAUAAGAAAAUAUUCAUUUAAAUUCCAUAUUUUAAUCUUUAAAUUAAUGAUUCAUAAAUAUGUUUAAUAGAAUUAUUGAUAAUUAUAAAUAAGAAAUUGAAAUAAAAAGAAAAGAAAAAAUAUCGAGAAUUCAGAUAUUAGAUGAGUAAAGAUAGUUUAAUGAGAGCAGAAUUGUUAAUGUUAUAAAAGGAUCAUAAGAAAUAAAAAAGAGAUUGUAAGCAUUGUAUUUUAAGAUUUCGCAAAAGUUUACAUUUGACAAAUAUUAUAUUUGGUUUAAUUCCAAAAAUUUAGAAUGGUAUAAAUUUAUUUUCAUUAUUUGAAUUUGAAAAUUACAUAAUUUUUUAAAGAACAUAAUAGAAAAAAAUAGAAAAAAAAGUUACAAAAUCAUUAAACAAAAAUAAAACAUUUGUUGAAACUCAAAAGAAUUUCGGAAUAUAAAUUUAAUUUAAAAGUACACCUAAAGCAAGUAAAAGUAUUUGUUAUAUAACUGCUUUUGAAAUGCCAUUAUUUAUAAUAACUCAUGAUAAGGGAUAUUUUAAGGAAACUAUUGCAAUUCAUUGUAAAAAAACUCCAAUAAAUCCAGAAAUGUCUCAAUCUAAUAAAUUGUAAAAUCCAGAAAUAGAAAAAUAUAAUUCUUUUAAAGACCAAUUAUAAUUUUAACCAUAUUAAUAAUAAUCUAUUAUAGAUGAGAUUAAUGAAUCUGAUAUUGAAAAAACUAAUAUUAUAUUUGAACCUUAACUUUUGGUAUAAGAUUGCUAAGAUUUAAGUGAUAAAUUAGAUGACAAAUUUAUAUUCUAUUGCAGAAACAAAGAAAAAGAAAUGUUUAAUCAUGAUUUUGCUGAAUAUGAAGAUAAAGAUUAAUUUUCAUAUCGUAAUUUACCAGAUUCAUAAAAUGAUAAGGAUUAAUUAUAUUUAUUAUUCUAUUUUCAUAAUCCAUUAAGGGCUAAUUUGCUAUUGAAUGUGGCUGAAGAAUUUUAUUAGGAAAGACAUUAAAAAAUGAAAUUGUUUUUUGCUAUUGAAAAUAUUAAAGCUACUUUUAUCAAUUAAUUUGCUACUUAUAAUCUUAUCACUAUUUUAAAAAAUAUUAAUACCAUAAUGAAUAUUUAAGAAAAUGCAUUUAAUUUAAUAAAUAAAGAUCUUCUAAAAAAAGAAUAGCGUAAAGUUAAAUUAAAAGAAAAUCCUUUAAAAACUAUUGAUGAAAUGAUUAUUUGUGCAAUUAUUUAAAAUAUUUAUUUGAAAUCAAAUGAAACAUCAUUUAAGCUUAGUUAAUUGAAAGUCUUCAUAUAAAUAUACUUAAUGGAUAAAUAUAGAUAUAAUAAUAUAUAAAAGAGAUCAUCUCAAAGUUAUUAUCCAUAAGGAAUAAAUAGUAUUCAAAUUCCUAAAAAUAGAACAUCUAUAAAUAAUGAUCAUGAAGCAGAUCUAAUUUUGAGAUGUGAUAUUAUAAAAUUUAAUUUUAAUUAAGUUUCUAAGAUUGAUAUAAAAAAGGUAAUCGUGACUAAAUAAAAAGGAGAACUCAGUUUAUCAGUUGAUGACAUUCAAAUUAGUAUUAUGGGUAAACAAAGAGAAAAUUUAUUUGUUAUGCCAGUAAAAGAAAUAGGAGGAUAAAAAGCUAAAUAUGCUUUACAUAUUAAUUUAUCAUUUUAAAAUUCAUAUCCAUUAAUAAAAGCAUAAGUAGAAUAGGCUAAAAUUAUAUUAUCUUAAUAAAAAAUUUAAGAUUUAUUGAUUGCUAUUAAUAGUUUUUAUCUUAUCAAUAUAGAGGAAACUAUUUCAUUAAAAUAACAUUUAUUGAAAUAUAUAUUUUAAUAAGAACUCUAUGUUUUUGAUAUAGAGGAAAAAUAAGUUAAUAUAUUUGUUAAUUAAAUCAGUAAGUACAAGAAAACUUAAAAAUUUGCAUCUGAACUUACAAUUGAUUCUUUGAUUAUCAAAUUAUAAGAAUAAGAGAAGGAUUUUUUUUUAUUCCUAUUUCAUUCAAUUUAUUUUCAUAAAAAAAAUCAAUCUAAUCUUAAAUUAUCCAUAUAACAAAUAGAAAUGAAACCCUAAAAUUUGACAGGAGAAUAAAUAAUUUAUCCAAAUUUAAUUUAACCUAUUGAUAAUAAAUAAACUGUUGUUUUUAAUUUAGAAAAUAAAAUAAUUUCAAUAAGAAAUAUUAGAUUUUAUUUGAUUUCAAGAUACAUUAAAGAACUUUAGGCAUUUCAAUAGAAAGUGGAAACUAUAUUAUAGAAAAAUUUGGAUGAAUUGAAAGAAAAGUAUUAAAAGGAUUUCGAUUUAUAAUUAUAAAUUAAACAUGAAGAAGAUUUUUUAAAAGAAAAAGAUAACUUUAAUUAUUCAAUAAAAAUUUAAAAUUCUUAAUUUGUUUUACCAGAAACUUCAUAAGAUCAUAAUUAUCUUAUUGCUACAUUUUAGAAAGGACAUAUCAAUUUAAAAAAAUAAAAAAUAUUAUUAAAAUUACCAGAAAUUGAUGAUGAUAAAUUAAAAACUUAACAAUAAUCAAUUAAUUAAUCUUUAUUUAUUGAUUAUUAAGAGUAGAUGUCUAUAGAAAAAGGAGAAUUUUAUGUAAUUAAUAUUUUUGGUUGUUUUAAUAAUGUUUUGGUAAGAUAUUAAAUGCAUAAUAAUUAAGUAAAUGGAGAAUUAUUAAAAGCUGGUAUUUAAUAUAAAUUUAUAUGAUAGAAUAAAUAACAACAAAUAUGGAUAUUCCAAGUUUUGAAUAAAAUUGUGGUUUAACUUAAUGGAAAUUUAAAGAUUAAUGCAAAUUAGAAAUUAAUUAAUUAAAAAUGUCUCUUGAUUUAGGAAAAUUAAUGAAAAUUUAAAAUUUCUUUACUAAAAAUUAAGAUGAAUUAUCUCCUUUGUUCAAUUUUAAAAAAUCACUAUUAUAAAAGAUAAAUUUUGAAGUAUUUUAAUUUAAUUAAAAUUUAAGGUUUAAUUUAAUGAUAGUAAAGUAGCUUUAACUAGAUAUAAUCAAGGUGAGCCAGAAAAACGUAAAUAAAUUAAAGAGAAAUCAAAAGUUUAUAAUAAAUAAGCAAGAAAUAGUAAAAACUUUUUUCCUAAAAAUUGA